GUGGGACCCAAGAGAAGGAUGUCUUAACACAUAAAACAAUUUGGGUAGAAGCUGGAAUAAUCCUGCAAAAAGUGAUCCUGUGCUACUUCCCCUCCCUCUCUCUUCUCUCCUGUACUUGAGGUGCCCAUCCCCUGACACCAUGUAGCACACCGGCACUGCUCUCCGUGGUGACAACAUGUCCUCAGACCAGGAUGCCUGGGUCUCCGAGAGCCAAGAGACGGUUACGGGUAAACUGCAGAGGAAGAUGAAACAGUCGCCUCUGGUCCCUGUUGGCCUGGCCGGAUUUGCUCUGAUCGUCGCUUAUGGACUGUAUCGCCUUAAAAGCCGAGGAGAUGUGAAAAUGUCUGUGCACCUUAUUCACACGCGUGUUGCCGCUCAAGCUUGCGUGGUGGGGGCCACGGCUCUAGGAGCUACUUAUUCUAUGAUCAAGGAGUACAGGCAGCGGCGGGCGGAGGAGAGAGAUGCUGCAGUGGAACAGCCCAAUGGAAGAAAUACUGCUAAGUAAUUGGAUUGCCAGAAACUGGGAAAUAGAAUCUAUAGGAUUAGUUUUCUCCCCUUUAAUCUGUAGGCAGGUUACCAUUACUUCUAAUGGGGAGGGGGUUAGUGCCUUUAUUGUAAAUCAUUCAUGUUGUGUCUAGGGAUGCACCGAAUCCAGGAUUCGGUGGUUUUCAGCAGAAUUUGGCUGAACCGAAUCCUAAUUUGCAUAUGUAAAUUAGGGGCGGGGAGGGAGAUCACAGGCCUUUUUGUCAUAAAACAAGGACGUAAUAUGCAAAGUAGGAUUCGGGCGCAUCUUUUGCAAAGGAUUCGGGGGUUCAGCUGAAUCCAAAAUAGUUAAUUCAGUGCAUCCCUAGUUGUGUCUGGUUAUAGAUUGAAUGCCAUAAAUGCAAGGAUUGGGGUGUCCUCAGUAAAGUCAUAGAAACCCAACAGUAAAACAAAAUUGACAAAGUCAUUGUAACGUUUAUUUUAAAACAUAAAAAUAAACCGUAUGUACACAUCA